CCCUCCGAUUCGUCGUCGAUCGAAACACAUCGAUUUCGAUUUCCCGCAGGAAAGCCGGUCGUCUUCGUCGGACGGAGAUGUCCCUCGAAUGAAUUUUUGACCAGUUCGAUCUGAGCUUCGCUCGCUGAAGAGGAAGAGAGAGAGAGAGAGAGGGAGAGAGAGGGAGAUGGCGGUGCAGUGGGUUCUGGUGGUGCACGGGCUGGCGACGCUGGUGGUGGUCGUCUCGUUCCUGUGCGGCCAGUGGCCCAUCUUCCGCCGCACCCCCAUCGCCUCCAUCCACCACUUCCUCACCGUCGGUGCCUACGACUACCUCCUGAGGUGUGUUGGGGUGCUGUUUGGAGUGAGAGGCACGAAUGCGAUUCUGGAGGUGGAGCGGUUCUGCUGCGAUCGCCCCAACCCUAUUUUGCAGAUAAUAUACUUGGCAAUAGUUGGAGGAACUUAUUUCAUUGUGGCAAAAUCAUGCUUCAGCUAUAUUCCUGGAUAUUAUUUAAGUGGAAUUCACAGGCACAUGAGCUUGUUGGCAGUUGGCAUUGGUGUCCUUCUCUUUGUAUUGACUAGCUUUUCUGAUCCAGGGACUGUAAAGGAUGACAAUGUCUCUCAAUAUCUUACUGCUUACCCCUAUGAUGAUAUUAUUUACUCUGAGAAAGAAUGUCCAACUUGCAAAAUUCCAAAACCUGCCAGGUCCAAGCAUUGCAGCAUUUGUGAUCGCUGUGUUGCAAGAUUUGACCAUCAUUGUGGGUGGAUGAAUAAUUGUAUAGGGGAGAGAAAUACUCGAUACUUCAUGGCUUUUCUUUUAUGGCAUUUUCUACUGUGUGUAUAUGGGGCUGUUGCCAUUGGAUUGGUUCUUGCUGGACAGCUGAAGGAAUCAAGAGUGAUCUAUGUACUAACUGUGUAUUAUGGCAUAGAAAAUUCUUUUCGUAGUUUAGCUCCUCAUGUGCUUCAGUGGUUUGUUGGAUCCUAUGAUACUCAAAUAUUGCUUAUGGUGUUCCUUGCAAUAGUCGCGCUGCUACUGGCAGGUUUCUUUGGCUACCAUGCCAGCCUCUGCUUCACAAACACUACCACUAAUGAGACUUUCAAGUGGCAAGAGUACAUAAAUUGGCAGAGGAAGCUGAAUGAAGCAAGAGCGAGCACCGCGGCACUCCGAGCCAGUCUUAAUGGGAUGAGCAGUGAGGUGUCGCCUCGCAAAAGCAAAUGGAGGGCUUUCUUUAGAAGAUCACCCUUGGAAGAUGCUAAGCUUGUUGUUAAGGAAAACAAGUAUGAUAAAGGACUCAUUCAAAAUAUCAACGAGAUCAUUGUUCCUUUAUCAUCGAGAUCGUCAUUUUCACAGAAGAAACCUAAAGUCCGUCGAGAAUGAUAUUGGGCACUGUGACUAUAGUUACUGCUGCUAAUCUUCUUCACCUUCAUUUUCUGAAGUCCCUCAAAGUAAUUGGUUGAUGCUGUAUUUAGGCCUAGAGAGGAUAAUACAUCAAUGACUUGAAAUAUUUGGUGUGGUUACCCACCUUGUUGUAUCCUAUGCAACAGAAGAGAUGUAGUUAGAUGUACAGGGCUUCACUUUUUUGGCACUGAACAUCAGCAUUUAGGAGGAGGUGUUCAGAUAUUUUGGGUUUUACUUUUUGUUAUUUUGACCCAUGACAAUCUUUUCAUGGAUACCAAUUGUCCUUUCCAUCGGUAAUUUCACUGAUUUGUAUAGGAAUUCUCUCAUUUUUUCGUCAAA